CCCUCUCUUCUCUAUAUCUUUCCGCUUGCUUUGGUAAAUUACAAGAUGACUGAUUCUGGCACUCACACUGGAGCUGGGGGGAGUUUCGGAGAAAAACGAGGUGGUUUUGGGAUGGGGAGAGGCCGAAGACGCCCACGACGUAGCGAAAAAGAUGCAAGGGACACUUGGCAACCCGUUACUAAACUUGGAAGAUUAGUUAAGGAGCAAAAAAUAAAAUCACUUGAGGAUAUCUAUCUUUACUCGCUUCCAAUUAAAGAGCACCAAAUAGUAGAAGAAUUCAUUAGACCCGCAGGGCCCAACGUCAGAGAUGAAGAAGCCGUUGACAAGUUAAAAGAUGAGGUUCUUAAAAUCAUGCCUGUCCAAAAGCAAACCUGCGCAGGCCAGCGUACUCGUUUCAAGGCCUUCGUUGUUGUUGGCGAUCAUAAUGGACACAUUGGUUUAGGCGUGAAGUGCUCCAAAGAAGUUGCUACGGCCAUUCGCGGUGCAAUAAUUUUAGCAAAGUUAGCUGUUGUUCCCGUGAGACGAGGUUACUGGGGAAAUAAUUUCGGUGUUCCCCAUACUAUUCCGUGUAAAGUUACGGGUAAGUGCGGAUCUGUUCGUGUGCGACUCAUUCCAGCACCACGCGGUACUGGCCUCGUAGCGGCCGGCUACGCAAAGAAAUUGUUACAGUUCGCUGGAGUUGCUGAUUGCUUUACUUCUGCUUGCGGGCAGACUCGCACACUUGGAAACUUCGCGAAGGCCGUUUAUGAUGCUCUUUGCAACACUUAUAGUUACUUGACUCCCGAUCUUUGGGCUGACCAGCUGCUUACGCCGGAUCCCUACGAAGAACAUUCCGAACAUCUUAAAGCAGGCAAUCUUACAAGGAAAGCCCGUUAUGUUACAGCAUAA